AUGAGCCUAGGAAAGAUGCUAUCAGCAAAAAAGCCAUUAUCUCAGAUCUUCAAUGUCCAAGUAGAGUUCGAAACAGAAUCUGAUCUGAUAGAUUUAUUAAAUAAGAGUGGUGAUGCUUUAAAAGAUAUCACAAAAUCCGACGGUUGUUUGAUUUACUGGACUAAUGAGAAACACAACUGUAUUUAUCAGAUCCCUAGAUAUAUAACCAAUACUAGACAUUGUAUAAAUUGGGAUAUCAGAGAGGGAUUAACUAUAGCUGCGUAUGUAGCGUAUACUAAGCAGUAUAUUUUUCUAGACAAUAUUAUUUCCAACCCUCGUUAUCCUCUCAAAUUAGGUUAUUAUAAUCAAGCUAAAACUGUUAUUUCUGUCCCAAUAAUAGAUCCAAGUAAGAAAUGUUUAGGUGUGAUUGAAAUUUAUAAAAACUACAAUGAAUAUUCAAAAAGCGAUCUCUAUACAGUACAGAUGUUAGCAUAUUGGAUUGCAAUAACGAUUAAUCAACAAAAUAUAAGGAUGGGACAUUAUCAAGAAAUUGUACUUACUGAAAAAUUGUUAAAUGCCACUAAACAACUUUUAUAUGUUGACGCUACUUUAGAAGAUAUACUUAGUAAAUUAAUGGUAAAUUUAUAAAAGCCAAUUUUGUAUAAAUCAAUGAUGAAAUUUAUAUGUUGAAAACCGAGUUUAUGUAGUUAAUUAUUUUUAAAUAUUUCUAG